AGCUUCUUCCACUCACCAUGGCACAGAACGAGUACAUUGAGGAGCACAUCAAGAGACAUGGUCGGCGGUUAGACUACUAUGAGCGGAAGCGGAAACGCGAGGCUCGCUCUGCUCACCGCGACUCUGCUACCGCUCAAAAAGCCUUCGGAUUGAAGGCGAAACUGCUGCAUGCCAAGCGCCAUGCUGAGAAGGUGCAGAUGAAGAAGACCCUCAAGGCACACGACGAGCGCAACAUAAAGCAGAAGGACUCUGGAUCUGUACCAGACGGUGCCCUGCCGACAUACCUGCUCGAUCGUGAGAGCGAGAAGAAUGCAAAAGCGCUUUCGACCGCAAUCAAGGAGAAGCGGAAAGACAAGGCAGCGAAGUAUGCCGUGCCAUUGCCGAAGGUCAGGGGUAUUGCGGAGGACGAGAUGUUCAAGGUCAUGCGAACGGGCAAGAGCAAAAAGAAGGCAUGGAAGCGCAUGGUGACGAAGGCGACGUUCGUUGGAGAGGGGUUCACGAGGAAACCGGUCAAGAUGGAGAGAUUUAUCCGGCCGAUGGCAUUGCGAUACAAGAAAGCGAAUGUUACACAUCCCGACCUCAAGGCGACGUUCCAGCUCCAGAUUCUCGGUGUCAAGAAAAACCCUCAGUCGCCAAUGUAUACCCAGCUCGGUGUACUCACCAAAGGAACAGUCGUUGAGGUGAACGUUUCAGAGUUGGGUAUGGUCACCGCCGGCGGAAAGGUCGUAUUCGGAAAAUACGCUCAGAUCACCAACAACCCAGAAAACGACGGUUGCAUCAACGCUGUACUCCUUGUGUAAUAUUUGCUCAUCUGCUUAUUCCACCUGUAUCUUAGACGCAUCUUCGGUCUUACUGCUUUUGUCAUGCAUUGACCGAAUAUUCAUGUUGCAUGUAGUUACUGUCAUAGAAUAUAUGCUUUCCGGAUCUCUGGCUU